UGUCCCCAGGUUGCGGAAGUGACAGGACCGUUGUUUUGCUAAAUAAGUAGCUGGCUCUGCAUCACCGACACUUCUUCUUCUUCUUCUUCUUCUUCUUCUUCUAUUACAUCUAAACGGAGGACAAGUAAACUGUCCUCAUGGUCAGGAUGAACCAGAAGCACAGCCUGGAGGGCCAGGUGUACUCGGUGCCUCUCAUCCAGUCUGACCUGAGGAGAGAGGAGGCUGUCCAUCAGAUCACAGAUGCGUUACUCUACCUGGAUACCAUCUCUACGGAUAUUUUCAGACGGGUGUCAGAGAGUGUGGAGAAAAAUCGGCGGCAGCUGCAGAUCGUCACUGACCGGAUCAGACUCGCUCAGGCCCGAGUUGACAAGAUCAAAGGCAGUAAAAAAGCUACCAAGGUUUUCUCCAGUGCCAAGUACCCGGCCCCAGAUCGACUUCAGGACUACUCGUCUAUCUUUACUGGGGCUGCAGACCCGUCCUCACAGAGCCGUCCCCGGCAGAGGAUACAGAACAAACUUCGACCGUUUGACGAGAAAGCCUUGCAGGAGAAGUUAAUAUAUUUCCCUGUGUGCGUCGGCAAUAAGAAGAAGUCCGAGGACGAGACAGAGGAGGGACUGGGAAGUCUGCCUCGCAACAUCUCGUCUGUCAGCUCCCUGCUGCUCUUUAAUACCACAGAGAACCUAUACAAGAAGUAUGUGUUCCUCGAUCCUCUGGCGGGAGCAGUGACUAAAACCCACACAACACUAGAGACGGAGAAAGAAGAGAAACCUUUCGAUGCUCCGUUAUCCAUCACUAAGAGGGAACAACUAGACAGACAGACUGCAGAGAGUUAUUUUUAUGUGCCAGAUCUGGGCGAGGUGCCCGAGAUAGAUGUGCCAUCGUACUUACCCGACCUGCCAGGCAUAGCCGACGACCUGUCCUACAGCGCAGACCUAGGGCCCGGCUUCGCCCCGUCAGGACCCACACACAGCAUCCCUGAGCUGCCCUCUUUCACUGAAGAGAGCAACGCACUAGGCUCUCAGCUCCAGCCUCACGCUGUACCUCUGCCCCCACCUCCCCCUCCCCCUCCUCCUCCUCCCCCUGAGCCUGCCCUCCCUUCUGCUAGCCCUGCAGGAGCUCCCCCUCCUCCACCUCCUCCUCCCCCACCUCCUGUGGACAGCCUCAUAGACGUCUCCAGAGUGCCAAGCUCAGGUCCCACGCCUGUUGCUUCCAGCGAGGCGGUUCAGCCGGCAGACGGCCGCGCCAGCCUGCUGGAGUCCAUCCGUAACGCCGGGGGCAUCGGCAAGGCCAAGUUACGCAACGUCAAAGCGCGCAAGAUGGAAAAGAAGAAACAGAAGGAGCAAGAGCAAGCGGCGGGAGCAGCAUCGAGUGGUGGAGACUUUAUGUCUGAUCUCUUCAAUAAACUUGCCAUGAGAAGGAAAGGUAUAUCUGGUAAAGGUCCUGCAGGUGGAGAAUCGGGUGACGCUCCCCCUGGCACCGGUGGCGCAUUUGCUCGGAUGUCAGACGUCAUCCCGCCGCUUCCUGCCCCGCAUUCGGCAACAGAUGAUGACGACUGGGAAGCGUAAUGCCAUGGACAAUGGACACUUAAAAGCACUGAUGUACAAUGAGCAUUAAUUUUCCUCAUAAUGCCGGUGAUGAGUGCGUUGAAGUAGCUGAAUAAAAUAUUACUGAAACUCAGAUGAUAAAAUACUUUAUUUAUAUCAUAGACAAUGUAAAAACAUAUUUUUCAUGAAAUUAAACAGAAACAUUUGACUAACAUCAUUCCAUUAGAUAAGUCAUUUCUUUGCAUUAUAGAACAUUGACUGCUUUAAAUAUUAAUGCUUCUUCCAGGGUAAAUCAUUAACAUGGAUGCCUAAGCCACUGCUGUGCCUGGAAUCUGCAUCAGUGAUUAAUUUCAACAGAACUGAAAUUAAAAACUGUUGAGGAGGCGUUCUCAUUUCCAGCAUGUUCCAGACUGAUAAACCGGGAGUCAAACUGAUUAAUGUCCCUUACAGCAUAUGUCUGCAGUGUGCAUUCAAAUACUUGGGAUUCAUUAUCCUUUAAAUUUUUCAUGUUAUUGUUACCAGUGCAAAACAGAACAAUCUAAAAGGUAGAGUAAUGAAAAAAGAAAAACUGGCCUCGCUGGUUGAGUGUUGAACUCCAGCUGUCGGCACACACAGGUCUGAUGGGCACUUUUAUGUAAACAUUUAAGAACUGUAGCAAUCUUUUAACAAUGAACUUUGUACCAAGACCCUUUAAAUAUAUUUCUUUUUUUUUUUUUUAUCAGAUCACUUUCAUUUUCUUAUGUUACACUGAAUGUUUCUGAAGGUUCCUCCUCUUCCAGCUCUACGUCUUGAUGUUGCACCGUUAAGAAAACAGGAAGAUGCGAGCUGAGCCCUUCAGCAGCCACAUUACACCUGCUCCUGCUUUUUUUCCUGGAAGAACUAAACACAUAAUAUUUAGUGUAUAUAAGAACAUCACAACCAGGUGCUGUAGUGUCUCUGUACAGUGGUUUGAGUCUGAUUCUUACCUUUCGCAAGGCAGCAAUAGCAGGGCCAAAACUUUUGCAUGUGCUUGUGCGAUCUUUGAUCCACGUGGGGAGUUUAGAGAGUGUAGCGGCUCUGGAGUAACGUCUGUCACACAGCACAAUGGAGGAGUAGUCCCCACGAUGACGGAUAGCUCUUCCUUUGGACAGAGGGAGUCAUAUACAAAUGAACAACAAUUAUCUUACAAAGUAUGGAAUAAAUAUGUAUUCUUUCAUUAAAUGUCAAUGAUACUAA